AUGGCACAGGCAGCUGAAUUGCUUUAUCCUAGCUUGGUUGUUUUUGGCGCUUCAGGUCCUAUGGGGCGUCUUCUGGUACAACAGGCGCUACAAAAAGGUCAUCUUGUAACUGCUGUUGUUAGAAGUCCAGAGAAAUUCGACAUCAAGUAUGUUUAUGUUUGUACGAAUGUUAUUUUCAUUCAUAUGUUCCUGCCCGAUGUUCGCAGAUGUUGCAGCAUGGUUUUGUUUUGUUUUGUUUUGUUUUUUUUUGUUUUAACUUCUUGAGCAGGUUAAGAGAUAUGUACGAUAAAACAUUGUAAAAGCUUAUUUAUUUAUCAAACACCCAGAACGAACCUCAGUUAUUAAAAAAAAAGAACGGAAGGACGAGUGAUGUUUACUUUUGUGGGCUCGUGCAUAUUAAGCUUUAGUAAAUAACGUACACUUAUUCUUCCCAAUUUUCUUAAGUAAAGGUCAGAGACGAUUUUGCUAAUUAUUUUGAAACUGCUUUAUUUCGUUUUUACCUAAUAAUUAUGGCAUGCUUCUGCUUUAAUCUCGAUUCUUCUUUAGAAAAAAAGAACAUACAUGUCGACUGCAUCUUUGCUCGUCUAGUUAAAUUUGCAUAAUUCUUUUUUGGUUUUCGCAAUACCUGCGAUAACACACUCUUGAAAGUCACGCAAAGUGUGAAAAGGCACAUGCCCUAUUUUCAGUCGUCAUGCACUUGGAGUGAAUGCAUGUGAAUGUCGUGAAAACUUAAAAAGCUGGUUAUUGAAACGAAGUCAAACUUGACCACAGUUAAACACACAUUUUACGUAGACUCUUCUUGUCGUUUUUAUUUCUUUACAUGUAGUUAAUGAACAAAAAAAAUUUGAAACAACAGACACUUCGCAUAGCAGCGCAUGAAAUUUGCUCUUUCGUCGAAGACUUUCCAUUUAUUUUCUCUUUCUUUUUUGCAUUUUUAGACAUGAAAAGCUGGAUAUAAUCAAAGGGAAUAUAUUCAACUCAGAGUCCUUGGUUCCUGUCCUUGAAGGCAAAGAUGCUGUGUUAUCAUGCCUUGGUGCCCAUGGAACAAGUGUCUUUCGACACACAACAUUAUACUCAGAGUCAAUGAAGUCAAUAAUGUCUGCCAUGGAAAAGUAAAUGUCUUGUCCAGUUCUCUCUUGUAACACUGCUGCUUCCUUCUUUUUACAGAGUAACUGGUUGUUCUGAUGGUCCUGGAGGUGACUCCGCCCAUAUAUAGGUUACGUUUGCUCUUGGUUCUCCUCCUUACCCCAAGAGGUUUUUCUUGGGGUAUUCUAGCUUACCCCUCUACCUGAACUAGCUCUUACCGUAAUUGACUGUGCGAUUUUCAAAUUCCAGUUUGAUCAGAGGGAGAUAAAGAAUCCCUUUUUAGAUUUGCUAAUGCUGAAGAUAACUAUUUUAAACUUAGCAUAAUAACGUUAACAGCAAUUUUUCAUCAAAAUUUGGUUCUUGAGCGAUGAAAAUAAGAUGAUAUUUUAUUGCAUCUUCCUUAUACAGACAUUUUUAGUUUAGAACAUCCCUAACUUUAACCCACCACCCCCUGUACCAGCUUUAGCUGGUCCCAAAGGGUAAGGAGGUUUACAUCCUUAAAGAGCUUUAAAGGCUAACUGACGAACAUUUCCCUUGAACCAUCGACCUACUAUUUCUUACUUAUAUUAUGUGGAGCUUAAUGGCAGACAGUAUUUGGAAAAACCCAAACAGUAAGAAAAGUUUAGAAAAAGCUUAGAAAAGUGAAUUUAAAGGUGGUGAGUGACACCCAAUUUAAUCAACCAUCCACUUCAUUCCACCUUAAAGAGGUGUAAAGCCGCCUUGCAGGGUUACCGCUUGAAAAGAGGUGAUGUAUAAUACAGGUAAAAUACUGGACUCAACGCGAACACCAGAUGUUAAGUUAAGCUACAAUGGAGAUCAAAGAACUUGGGAAAGGUGGUAAAAUUCUUCCAAGUAACUGUUACAUAGAACGCUGCUCCUAGUGACAAUUAUUUAAUCAGUCUUGUGUUCUUUCCUUCUUCUCUCCCACUCCCCCUGUAGAAUGGUGCACCCACGGAAGGACUCAUUUCCACUCAUUUUUGCUUAAAAUUCAACAUUGCUGGGGUGGGAGGGGGGAGGUUGACAGUUUUACUAAUAUCACAGGCAAGGUCUCAACACUUAUUACCUCCAUCGUGGGUUUACUUAAUUUGCAAUCGAAAUUACAGCGUCGCCUGUUGGCUAAGACUGUGUUUAUUUAACAGGAGUAAACUUCAGAGAAUAGUGUGUGUCACUUCGUGGUGCACCAGGAAGGAAGCAGGAAAUCCCAAAACUGUUGAGUGGUUUUUAAAGCCUGUUGCGAUGGCUGGGUUCAUUCAUGAUAUGGCUUUGAUGGAAAGUAUACUUAUGGAGUCAGGCCUUUGCUACACCGUUGUCCGUCCACCAAUACUGAACAACAGUAAGCAUGGAAAGUUGUUGGGGCGUCUUUAUAUUAGUGUUAUGCGCAAAAUUGCAAGGCAUGCAGAUUUUCACUAACGACGGAGUCAGACUCGGGAGUUAGUGAAUCAAAUUAACGACGCCGCAUAUAGCUACAUCACUUAGUUCCUAUAGUCAACUAGAUUGUCGGAGUCGCAGUCUUGUUGCGUUUUCCGCGCGUCUGAUCUCUAGCUCUCUGUAACUGAACCACUCACGGUACGCUCUAGGUUUGCUAAGCCGAGAACGCCAACGCUAAGGACAGACUAGGCAACCAUCGACCCGGUUUUCAUCAUUUAUUGAGUUUGUUAUAACUUAUUUUCAUGGACGAGAACACAUUAAACUAUUUUGGUUUUUCCUCUUUUUCACAAAUAUGAAGUAUUCCUAGUUGCUUCAUACAGUAGUAAUAUACUUUCCCAUUCUUAUCGUAAGGUUUGUAGCCUCCCACGCAGGCGUUUUUAGGGGAGCUCGUAUAUGAGCUCCCCUAAAAACGCCUGCGUGGGAGGCUAUAAGUUUUGUCGAUCUCUUUAACACUGAAUUUGCACCCUAUUCAUGUAUUGUGGUUUCUAUCAUGCAGAUACAGGUAAAUGCGACUACACAGUGGUAGAGGGUCAGUUUGUUCCCAAAGCUCCAAUGUUCAUACCACGAGCCGAUGUUGCAAAUUACAUGUUAUCCUCACUCCAAAGAAAUGACUGGGACAGGAAGUGCAUGGCCAUUGGCGGGAAAGCGUGACAUGGCGUUUGAACGAUAGCCAGGAUUGCUCAGUGAUUGGUCAACACCUUUUUGACCCAAAAACCCUGCGAAGCCACCAAAGUUGUCAAACGUAAGGUUUAAAGUAGUCGAACUGUAGUUGGUGACGUUCAGAUUGUCGGAUGGUAUCUCAAAGAGGACGCCAGACUUCUUCUGUGACCAGCGUGACGGCGUGACACUGCACAACAGACCUCUUCAUAUUGGUGCAUUUCUAUAACCAUUUUAGUGCUCGUGAUCUGAUGUGGUAAACAACGAUUAACGUUUAACAAAAUGCUCGAAUUAAUGUCAACCUUGCUUCCCCUUUUGAAAGGAACAAGAUUACCUAUGAACUGGGUCCGGCUUUUUACGGAUUCAAUACCAAGAAUUAAAAUACAGUAUACGAAAUAGCCC